UGCUGAGAAGGUUCUUAUCCACAACAUAAAUCUCCCUCCAUUUCUCUCUUCCUCUUCUUCUUCUUCUGCAACCCCAAGCUGCAACAUCCUUCAUCCUGCUACCAAAUUAUCCCUCCGUAAGUUAUAAUUACCUUCUCUUUCCCUCGACCAGUGAACUUGUUUCUGCUCUGCAGACUUUCAUGGCUGUCUUCUCUUCGACCGCUCCCUUACGCUCAAUUCUCCAACUCAAGCCCAAAUCCUCCCUCUCAUUUCCAGCGGAUUCCUACCACGGAGUACGUGACCCCGCACAAUGCCGCUCUAGCACUGUCAAUAUCUGCUCAUGGAGCUCAGCUGCAAACUACGCCAGGCUCCCAAUCGGCGACGUGAGACUUUCCAGCCGCCGCCUUGACGUCAAACAAUUCUCACAAACGAGGAUGCCAUUUGUGAGGAACGCGACUAUUGAAGAAAUUGAAGCUGAGAAAUCUUUGAUUGAGAAAGACGUUAAAGAGAGGAUGGAGAAGACCAUUGACACAGUUAGAACCAAUUUCAAUUCUAUAAGGACAGGAAGGGCAAAUCCAUCAAUGCUAGAUAAGAUUGAGGUAGAAUAUUAUGGAACCCCAGUGAGCUUGAAAAGCAUAGCUCAAAUCAGCACUCCUGAUGCAAGUUCUCUCUUGGUGCAACCAUAUGACAAGUCCAGCUUGAAGGCUAUAGAGAAGGCCAUAGUAAACUCUGAUCUUGGUAUGACUCCGAAUAAUGAUGGAGAAGUGAUCCGAUUGGCCCUCCCUCAGCUGACAUCUGAAAGAAGAAAGGAACUGUCAAAAAUUGUGGCAAAGCAGGCUGAAGAAGGGAAGGUUGCAUUGAGGAAUAUACGAAGAGAUGCGUUAAAAGCCUACGAAAAGCUUGAGAAGGAGAAAAAACUUUCGGAAGACAACGUGAAGGACUUAUCAAAUGAUCUGCAGAAACUGACAGAUGAUUACAUGAAGAAGAUUGAUAACCUCUACAAACAGAAAGAGAAGGAGUUAUUGAAAGUUUAAAACAGCCAAUUGCCUUGAAUUUGAUGAGCUUCCAUCCCGGCAGUCUCUUUUUGGGUAAAUCUGUGGCGCCUUUGUUCAUACUUGUAUUGUUGUCAGGGGGGACUUUUAAAAAAUGGGGUCGGGGUUCCGAAACCAAAGGUAAAACAUAGUUUUUUAGCUGAUUCUUGCGGAAAGUUCGUAUAGCAAGCUCUGAACUCUUUACUUUUUCGUAUAAUCAUACGAGUCCAACAUAGAAUCCAUCUCAAUUAUGGUUUUUAUAGAUUGAAGAUGUUGGCACUCUAAAAAGAUAGGGGAAAAUGGUAGCUAUUUCUUUCUGAA